GAGGAGAAGGGGUCGUUACUAGUUACUCGUCGUUACUCAUCCAUCAAGAUUCAAAACAGAGCAGCGAAGGUUUUAGAAAAAAAUGAAGAAAGUGAUGAAGAUCAUCAAGCCGAAGCCUGAUCCAAAGCAACGCUUACGUGAUUGGCAACGCAAACUUCGCCAGGAGUGCCGUGACAUCGAACGCCAAAUCCGAGAUAUAGAGAAAGAAGAGAGAACGGUACAGAAAGCUAUUAAGGAGGCUGCUAAGCGGAAUGAUAUGGUCUCAGCUAAGGCGCUUGCUAAGGAGAUUGUGAGUUCGAGAAGAACAGUUAACAAGUUAUAUGAAAACAAGGCUCACAUGAAUUCUAUAUCAAUGCACCUUGGAGAGAGUAUUGCUGUUGCUGGAACAGUUGGGAAUCUCUCCAAGAGUACAGAGGUUAUGAAGCUUGUUAAUGAUCUCAUGAAGGCUCCACAAAUGGCUGCAAUUAUGCAGGAGUUCGGAAAAGAGAUGACUAAGGCUGGAGUUAUUGAGGAGUUUGUAAGUGAUGCCAUUGACGAUGCACUAGAUUCUGAGGGUAUGGAAGAAGAGAUCGACGAGGAGGUUGAUAAAUUAUUGACUGCUAUUGCUGGAGAAACCGCUGCUGAGCUCCCAGAAGCUGUCAGGAAAGAAAGGAUAAAGGUACCUGCGCAGAAGGCCAGCACUGCCCUCGAGGAAGAGGCAAUUGCAGGAGGUGUUGAUGAUGAGGAAGAGGUGGAAGAGAUUCAGCUCGGCUCGCUAAAGUUAGAUCCUAACUGAUUCCAAUGAUUCUUUACACACCAUUACUCUUGAAAGGUGAUGAGUAUAUAAGGAGGUUGCAGCCAGUGUAUUGUAUAUAAUAUUAGUUGAAUUACUGUAUACAAUGCAACCAUAAGCCACCUUUUGUUAACAAAUUUCGUUUCUUGGAGUUAUUGAAAACAAUCCGAGUGCUA